UCCCCGGGUCUCCUCUUUGGAGAGAAAAGCUCUGAGCAUCAGGGAGAUGCUCCAGUGAAAAAGAGACCAAAGUCGUCUCCUUUGGAUGUAGGUUUGCACAGAGAAGUUUCUGCAGCUAGCCCUCCCUAUCAAAGCAUCUUCUGGUGCUGCAGGCACUGGAGAUGGAGAAUGAGGUUGGGAAAUCCGUGGAUAAUCAAAUGGACAAAUACAUAGUGACCAUAAUGGGGAAAUCGGAAAGCCAAAUGGAUAUUGUGGAAAAAUCAACCAGAUCUGGACAGAAGUCCUGGAGCUUGAUAGCUCUCAGUCUGUCUGUGUUGCUAGUCCUCAUGACCUGUGCUGUCGUGGCCCUUGUAAUUCUGUACUCGAGUAGCAGAGAUCUGCAAAACGGUGCCGCUCAAGGGAAUAUAUGCACCACCCAUGGCUGUGUCACAGCAGCUGCCCGAAUCAUUCAGAACAUGGACCCAACAGCAGAGCCUUGCGAGAACUUCUACCAGUACGCCUGUGGAGGCUGGCUCAAUCGGCACGUCAUCCCGGAAACAAGCUCACGGUACAGCAUCUUCGACACACUGAGGGAUGAGCUGGAGAUUAUUCUCAAAGGUGUGUUGGAAACACCCAAACAGGAAGACAGAGAUGCCUUCCUGAAGGCCAAAGUGCUUUACAGAUCUUGUAUGAAUGAGAGCUUUAUAGAGCAAUUUGAUUCCUUGCCUCUGCUGGAGGUCCUGCAUGUGAUCGGAGGCUGGCCGGUGUCAUCUGAGGACUGGAAUAUUACCAAUGAGUCCAACUGGAGUGUUGAAGAAAAGCUCGCUUUACUGAAUUCUCGAUUUAACACACGAGUCCUCAUUGAUAUGUUCGUAUGGCAUGAUGACCGGGAUUCCAGCAGAAAUAUAAUUUAUAUUGACCAGCCUGGGUUGGGGAUGCCCUCUAGAGAUUACUACUUUAAUGACGGCAACUACCAAAGAGUAAGAGAAGCCUACUUCCAAUACAUGGUCACCAUAGCCAAAAUGAUUAGAGAAGAUAUGAAUGCAUCCAAAGAUGACAACUUUGUCCUGGAAGAAAUGAGAAAAGUUAUGGAGUUUGAAAUAAGAAUUGCAAAUGCCUCUGUUCCACAGGAAGAAAGACAUGACGUGACUCUGCUAUACAACAAAAUGACCAUUGCAGAGCUCCAGGAAAAGUAUGAGUUGAAUAAUUUUAACUGGACGCUCUUCAUCCAAGCUGUGAUGUCUUCCGUGAACAUUGCGAUCAGCCCCAGCGAGGAGGUAGUUGUGCAUGGAAUGCCCUACCUCCAGGAGCUAAAAGCCAUCCUUUCCACGCAUUCAGCCAGGACCAUCCAAAAUUACCUGGUUUGGCGCCUGGUGCUGGACAGAGUCAGUGGUCUGAGCCGACGUUUCAAAGAUGCCCGGGCAAGCUACAGAAAGGCACUUUAUGGUACCAUGCUGGAAGAAGCCCAGUGGCGGGAAUGUGUGAGUUACGUCAACACGAACAUGGAGAAUGCGGUCGGAGCCAUGUAUGUCAAGGAGACUUUUGCUGGAAAGAGCAAAAGGAUGGUCCGAGACCUUAUCGAGAAAAUCCGCGAAGUGUUUAUCGAGACGCUGGAUGAAUUGCAGUGGAUGGAUGAACGAUCAAAAGGGCAAGCCCGAGAGAAGGUUAUUGCCAUUAAAGAGCAGAUUGGCUACCCGGAUUACAUUCUGGAAGAUCAGAAUGAAAAGCUGGACCAGGAAUACACACAUCUGAACUUCAGUGAGAAUGAGUACUUCAAAAACAUCCUGCAGAACCUCCAAGCUGCAGCACAGAAAAGCCUGAGGAAGCUCCGGGAAAAGGUGGACCAAGACGUAUGGCUAAUUGGUGCUGCAGUGGUCAAUGCCUUCUACUCUCCCAACCACAACCAAAUUGUGUUCCCAGCUGGAAUCCUGCAGCCUCCCUUCUUCAGCAAGCACCAGCUGCAGGCGCUCAACUUUGGAGGCAUCGGGAUGGUAAUCGGGCAUGAAAUCACACACGGGUUUGAUGACAAUGGCAGGAAUUUUGACAAAGAUGGCAACAUGUUCGACUGGUGGAGCAACUUCUCUGCCAUGCACUUCAAGGAGCAGUCGCGCUGCAUGGUCUACCAGUAUGGCAACUACACUUGGGACCUGGCAGGAGGUCAAAAUGUCAGUGGAAUCAACACACUGGGAGAAAACAUUGCUGAUAACGGAGGCGUCCGUCAAGCCUACAAGGCUUAUUUAAAAUGGGUGGAAAAAGAAGGAAAGGAGCCGAGCCUGCCAGGACUGGAUCUCACCCACAAGCAGCUCUUCUUCCUCAACUUUGCGCAGGUGUGGUGCGGCUCCUACAGACCAGAGUAUGCCAGCCAGUCAAUCAAGACGGAUGGGCACAGUCCGCUAAAAUACAGGGUGAUGGGCUCCUUGCAAAACUUCGAAGCCUUUUCCGAAGUGUUCCACUGCAAGAAAGGGACGGUCAUGCACCCCACAGAGAAAUGCAGGGUUUGGUAA